UAGCGCCCAUCAUUUCGCACACACGUUCAGCCGCGCUGGAAUUUUGUUUUUCGCCUUAUUUGGAUAAAAGUUUUGUUGUUUAAAUUUUCGCGCUGAAUUUUUUAAGUGUGUUAUAAGAUGGCUAAAAUUGGACAAAAGAUGCUGAGUUGUUGCCUGUGGGUGGCGAUGCUGUUGGCGCCUCUGGUUAGUUCGGCAGUGGUGAAAACGAUUCCGUUUAAAAAGAACGUGAAAACUUUCGACGAAUGGACGUGCAGUCAACCGCAACCGCGGGUCAUUCAUAUCGAAAAUCUAGAUGAGUAUGCAGCUCCUAAUGCGAUUUACUUUCCUCCGGCGUUGGUCAUCCACCAGUGCGACCAAUCGACCGGAUGCUGCAAGGUACCCGGACAGGUGUGCAGGUCUGUCGAGUCGGCGGAAGAGAAAAUCCAGUUCGCCGUCAAGGCCGUCAGCACUUCCGGAAGCGUCAAUAAUCCAGCAGCAGCCAACAAUAAUAAUAAGCGCAACAUUAACAGCAAACAGAAGAAAGAAAAGAAACUGAUGAUUAGUUUGACCAAUCACACUCGUUGCGAAUGCGUCGGGAAAAUCGAUCUAAGAAUCUAAUCAUCAAAAAGGAAUCCCGAAUUUGAUCCCGACUAUCGAUGUUGCCAUAGGUGCUGAUUUUGCUCUAUUAUAUACUCACAUAUGCUCAAAAAUAACCAAUCAAUAUAUAGAUUAGUCCUGGUGAUGGACAGCGCAUAUCUUUUUUAAAAACUUUCAUUAUUCCAUCUGUCGUUUCACCAGCAUCACUGGAUUUACAUACUCAUUUGGAUCGGGUUAUAUAGAGAAAUAGAAGGAGGUCAAUCGGCACACACAGUUUGUCAGCUUCUCUUUUAUCUCUCAUCUGUGAUGUGUCUCCGUGCACUCUAUGGCCUUGUGUGACUGGCCGGUUGACGUGUGUGUCUGGACAAGAUUGAAUUGAAAUUCUAGAGGUUCCCCUAGACGAUAUCAAAGGCUAUCGGCUUCCUUGGCUACUUCAAUUUAUUGACUUGGCAUUCAAAUUCAUUUGCAUAUGUAAUCGGCACCGCCCCUUCUUCUAUUCCC